AUCAACAAUGCGUUAUCUAGCAAUUCUUCUGAUCGCUCUACUCGUUUUCGAAGGAGUAAGAUCUGAGGACGCAGCCUCAACUACAGAUACAAAUCCUCCUGCUUCAGCAAUUUCUACUACACCAGGAGACGGAGGAAUCACCACCUCCGCAGGAGGGAAGACUACCGGUGCAGGAGGUUCUACCGCCGCAGAAGGAAGCACUACUGCUGCCGAAGGAGCGACAACAGGCGGAACAGGCACAGGCGCAGAGACUACGGGAGCAGAAACAGGUGAAACCACAGCAGCUGGUAGUGGCGGAACAACAACAGGUGGAACUGGCGCUGGUGAAACAACAACAGGUGGAACUGCUGCUGGUGAAAAAACAACCGAAGCUCCUGUACCUCCAGCGACCAACCAGAUGUGCCCAAAUAAUAGACGUACGAACGACAAGAUCAGAAAGAAGGCUCUUGAUAUGACUAACUGGCGUAGAUCAGUACUUGCCCAGGGACAAGUGGAAAAGAGGAACGGUGUCUACAUGCCUACAGCUGCGAAUAUGCAGAAAUUGAGAUAUGACUGCGAUCUUGAACUUAUAGCACGCGACCGUGCUGAGGCGUGCGAGGCGUUGGGAAGUGAAGCAAACACCGCGGAUUAUCAAGAAAACAGAUAUUAUAUUCCAAAAUCAGAUGUCGCAUCUGCCGAAGCGCCUAGAGUGGACGCCAUGGCCGCGAGUAUAAAAGAGUGGUGGAAACGGGUGAGACUAGAUGAGCCUAUUGGGCUGCAAUGUUAUUUCAGAGCCAAACAUGAAAGUCUUCAAGUGAGAACCUUUACUAGGAUGGCUUGGGCUAACACGAACAAAAUGGGUUGCACGGUUCAAGAAUGUGGUGACCAAUGGCAUGCCGUAUGCCUCUAUAGCCCACCUGGAAACAAAGUCGAAGAAAGGAUUUACAUACCCGGAACUACGUGCACCAUGUGCCCGGCUGGAACGUCCUGCGACCGCUCUCUUGGACUCUGCGUGGCUCCUGGAUCAUAAUCCUUUCUUGUUACCACACAAUCCA